AUGGAUCUUAGAAGAAACCACAAGAAGGAGAAUAUGUUUACUCCUUUUUGUGAUAACCAAGAUUGUCCAGGUCAGGCUUCUCAGCCUGAAUCUUCUGAACAAACAACUUUAGAAAAGGCCAGGCGUAUAGAAGAAAGUUAUAAUUUGUCCAGUCAGAAGUUUCAAGAGGAAAACAAAGUUAAGAAAAGAGAAUCUAUUUCCCAACUAAAUGAAAAAGAACAAGAACCAAAGUUAAGAGAGAGAAAGAUAAACAUUUCAAAGAAUGAAAUAGACACAAGUUCUGCCCCCUGUGAAGCAUCUAAUUUGGAUGUUCCAACCAAAGAAAGCUUUAAGAGCACAGAAAGUUGUUCUAUCUGCAGUACAAAGGAAUUACCAACUGGACGAGGACGACGAGGAGACACGAGGAAGAAAUUCUCAGAAGGAAUGUCUCCAAAACUUCGCCUGAACCUUUUGAAUGCAGAACUGGAAGAACUUAAUAUGAAAUACAAAAAAAUAGAAGAGGAAUUUGAAAGGGCUGAAAAAGAACUUUUGAAUUCCAGAAAAGAAGCCUCCACCAAACCCCUAAACUUUCAAGAAACAGGGAAGGAUUCUUCGAAGAAAGACUGGGAACUUGAAGCUUUACAAAAUGACCUAUCUGAAAAAGCAACCAAUGUCAAAAACUUAACUAAAGAGCUCCAGCAGGCCAAAGAGGUCAUCCACAAGCUGAACCUAGAGAACCGAGAUUUGAAAGAAACUGUGAAGAAGCUAAAGCGGCAAACUGAGGUUGGAAAUGCACUCCUGAAAGAUGAAAUGAAAUUGUUUUACGAAUUAGAAAUGGAAAAGAUCCGCGGAGAGCUCGAUGCCAUCAAGAAUGAACUGAAAGUUGAGAAGACCCUACAAGCAAGAAACAACAGGGCCCUGGAGUUGCUUAGAACACACUUUGCCUCAGUAACACCAUCAAGUUCCCUUAGCCAAUUUCCAGGCAAUAUUUUUUAA